AUGGAAUCUAGCCGAGUGCGUGCUACUCCAGCAAAAGACGCUGCUAGCUUUCAAGGCACAAGCCUGUCAAGACUGCCAAGGAGGAUAAGUACGUUGCUGGCGGAACUGAAGUCCGCGAGCAGCUCCGGGGACUUGAAGAUGGGAAGGAGGCUUCAUGCUGAGGCUGCCGAGAGCGGCGCCGACACACAUAUUUACGUAGCUAGCAGCCUGGUGAAUAUGUACGCGAAGUGUGGGAGCAUGGAGACUGCUCGGAGUAUUUUCGAUAAGAUGGUUCGGCACGAUGUUGUCUCGUGGACUGCGCUAAUACUCGGCUACGCUCAGAAUGGACAGGGGAAAGUAGCUCUCGAGCUGUUCGAGGCGAUGCAGUUAACAGGCUGUGCUGCUAAUGCUCAAGCCUUCGUAGCUGCGCUCAAAGCCUGCACAAGCCUCGCAGCAAACGAAGAAGCAAAGCAAGCUGAUGGGAGGCCUGUGAAGAUGGUAUCUCUGGAGAAGGGAAUCGCUCUUCACUCUCAGGCUGCCAGGCUCGGCUUCGACUCAGAUAUAUUCGUGAUCACGACUCUGGCAGAUAUGUACUCGAAGUGUGGGACGAUGGACAAUGCUCGUGAGGUGUUUGACAGGAGUCCAAAGAAGAGCUCGGUGCUAUACAACACGCUGAUACUUGGAUAUGCACAGAACGGUCAAGGUAGGCUGGCUCUCGAGUUAUUUUGCUACAUGUUGUCGUCUAAGGAUUGCUUACCUGUUCGAUCUACAUUCCUCGCGGUACUCAAGGCCUGCACCGUUCUUGCUGACAAAGAAGCUGAAGGCAUUCUCGGUGGCAAGGUCAGGAAAGUGGCUUCGCUCGAGAUUGGGAUGGCUAUCCACGUACAGGCUUGGAGAAGCAGGCUUGAGCUGGACCUUUGCGUCGCAAGCUCUCUAGUCGACAUGUACUGCAAGUGCCGGAGCCUGGGCGAUGCGAGAAGGGUGUUUGACAGGAUGAAGAUCCACGACACUGUGUCGUGGAAUUCGCUCAUUCUCGGGUAUGCACAGAAUGGAGACGGUAAGACGGCGCUGAAACUAUUCGAGACGAUGCUCGCGGAAGGCUGCGUGCCCGUUCGCUCGAGCUUCCUAGCGGCACUCGAAGCAUGCAGUGCUUUCUCCGAGGAAGAAGAGUGCCAGUUCGUCAAUGGAAAGGUGGCGAAGGUGGUCUCUCUGGAAACGGCUAUGGCUAUACACUCUCGAGUAGACGCCGAGGCAGCAAAACAUGGCGUGGAUAUCAUGGUGGCCAACACGCUGAUCGACGUCUAUGCGAAGUGUGGCAGCAUGACUGACGCUCAAAGAGUCUUCGACGGUAUGAAGCACCGCAAUCUGGUCUCUUGGACAGUUCUAAUGUUUGGUUAUGCGCAGAACGACAGGGCCAAGAUGGUCUUGGAGCUCUUCUCGCAAAUGCGGUACUUCGAAGAAUGGAUUCCAAGCUCCCAGGCUUUCGUAGCAGUGAUCCAGGCAGCAGCGGACAUGGCAGCCUUGGCAGCUGGAAAAAGAAUCCACGGUGACGUUUGUAGGCUGGGACUGGAGCUGGAAGCUCACAUACAAAGCAGCCUGGUGGAUCUCUACGGGAAGUGUGGCAGCACAGUCGGCUCUCAGGUGGUUUUCGACUCGGCUUCGUCGAGAGGGAUCGAGAUGUGGAGUGCAGUCAUGGCAGGACACAGCCGGCAGGGAGAUCAUUCAAGAGUUUUCGAGCUCUUCAAGGGGAUGGUGCGAGCAGGAGUUCGUCCAAACGCCAUCACUUUCCUGUCGCUGCAAAUCGCUUGCAGCCGAGCCGGGCUGGUGGACAAGGCCCGAGAGAUUUUCUUGGAGAUGCAGAGCUCAAAGUUUGGGAUCCGGCCAGGGAUUGAGCACUACAACUGCUUGAUCGAUUUGCUGGGGCGCGCCAACCAGAUCGACAAGGCGGUGGAGGUGGUGGAGAGCAUGCCGGUGAAGGCCACGGCGGUGACUUGGAUGACAGUGCUGGGUGCGUGCCAGAAGUGGAAGAACUCGGAGAUUGGGAAGAGGGCGUUUGAUGCAGUGAUGAGGCUGGAUCGCGAGAAAGAGCAUCACACGGCGGCCUACGUUCUCUUGGCUGAGAUCUUCGAAGCAAACUAA